UAAAACAAUCAAAGCUUCUAAGACCUCAGCUUCUCCUCCAGUGUUGGGUUUGAACCUGGCAGUGAUGGGGGCAUUUCCCCAUUCGUCCAUCCACUUAUGAGCACGUGUCCAAGUGCUGAGGUGUUCUUACGCUCUUGUGUAAACAUUAACCAGAGCCGGGUUUGAAAUGAAACCUGCUACUUUUGAGGAGCUCUUAAGAGAAAAGUAUGCGAUUCUCUUUUUUUUUUUACUCUCUCUGUUUACUCUCUGUUUAAACAUGAAUUUUGAGAUGAAACUUUUACAUUUCACUUCACUCAUCUUAUAGCAGCUCUAGUUGUCAAUCAGAGAAGAUAAUCAUGUUUAGUGGUCUUCACAUUGUUGUCAUUGUCCCAGUGUUUGUUUCUUAUCAUUUCUCUGCAGACAUAAUUACCUUAAGUGAGUUUAAAGUCGAGCUUUAGGGCCAAACUGUCGGCAAUGUCAACAAACAGUGAAGAGCGGCUGCCAUUAAUGCAUCAACCCGGUCAGACAUUGCUUGUGGGAGGUGUGUUCCACCCCUCUCUUCCCCCUCCACCUCUCAAAUGUCAUCUAAGUUAUGCUGCAGAUAUCAGCAGAGGCCAUAUAAGAAGCAAGCAAUGAGGUCCGGCUGCUAAAACCCCACUCUGAGCUGAAGGCGUGAGGAAGCCAGCAGACGCACAAAGCUCUGUCUUCACUUCUCACCUGGACACAAGAAGACUCGUUUGCACCGGACAAUAUGCUGUUCUGCCACUCACAGCCUGAGUCCUACCACCAGCACUCUGCUGGUUUCAUUAGAGAGGCCAUAGCACCUUUCCUGACAAAUGAAGACACGAGACUUGUGGCAGAAACUGCCAUAAGUACCAAGCGGAGUCCGUUCCAGUACAUGCUCUGUGCAGCCACCUCACCGGCUGUGAAACAGCAGGAGGAGACUCUCACUUAUCUCAACCAAGGUCAGUCCUACGAAAUCCGUAUGCUUAACAGAAAACUAGUGGAGUAUACAGAUAUAAGCAGCAAAUAUGUAAAGAGCAUUGUGCGCGUGGUAUUUCAUGACCGUCGACUGCAGUACAUGGAGCACCAGCAGCUGGAAGGAUGGAGGUGGAACAGACCUGGAGACCGAAUCCUGGAUAUAGAUAUCCCUCUGUCAGUGGGGAUAAUUGAGCCUCGUUCUCAUGCUCUGCACCUCAACACCUUCGAGUUCCUCUGGGAUCCUGUGAAGAAUGCUUCAGUCUUCAUCCAGGUCAACUGCAUCAGUACUGAGUUCACCCCAAGAAAGCAUGGUGGGGAGAAGGGGGUUCCCUUUCGUAUCCAAGUCGACACUUUCACGACCAACGAACACGGGGAGUACAUGGAGCACGUCCAUUCUUCCAGCUGCCAGAUCAAAGUCUUCAAGCCUAAAGGAGCUGAUCGAAAACUGAAGACAGACAGGGAGAAGAUCGAUAAAAAGACGUUCCAGGACAGAGAAAAGUACCAGCCGUCCCAUGAGACCACGCUGCUGAAGGAGUGUUCCCCUUGGCCCGACGCACUGAACCUGACCACCCACAGCAGCUGCAGCACCCCAUCACCAGUUUACCACAAUUCACCAACAUCUUGCACUUUCACAGAUGACAACUGUUCUCCAAACCAGCAAGGGGAGCUGCUCAUGGCCAGCUGCUCUGAUCACCUCCUGCCAUCGUCCUCGCCACAGAACACUCAGGAGUGGCUGCACCGUCACAGGUUCUCCUCUUUCUCAAAGCUCUUCACCAGCUUCUCAGGUGCUGAUUUGCUGAGGAUGAGCAGGGAUGAUCUGAUCCAGAUUUGUGGCCCAGCAGACGGCAUUCGUCUCUUUAACACAAUGAAAGGAAGGUGUAUCCAGCCUCGUCUGACCAUCUAUGUGUGUCAACAGCAGACCAGGGGUCAAGCUCCCAUCAAACCAGGGGGUGGAGACGUCUACCAUGCUCUGUACCUGGAGGAGCUGACUGUGCUGGAUCUGUCUGAAAAGAUCGCCCUACUGUACAGCAUCACUCCUCAGCAGAUCACGCACAUCUACAGACAGAAACCCACUGGGAUCCAUGUCUUAGUCUCCGACGAGAUGGUGCAGAACUUCAAGGAGGAGAUGAGCUUCACCAUCAGUACUAUCAGAGAUGAAAACACUGACGGUUUACACGUGGUGUUGAAAUGACCUUCACAUGCUCCAGAGGGUGUUUGGUCAGUGCUGGUGUACAGAUUGUAUAUAAAUCCAUCUAGACUACAAUAUGUGACAUUUACAGUACAGAAAAGUGCUAUUAAGCUCAGUGUACUGUUGGUGUCCCUGUGUUUGUUUAGUGUUCCUUUGUGUUUUUGUCAGCUUCUCUGAUAUCUGUUUAAUGUGCCUUGUAAUUAGUAGUGUUUCUCAUGCACGUGUGCUUACGUCUGUAAAUGUAAAUGCAAGCUUUCAUGAUAAUAAAAGUCACACAUCAUCAUCAUCAUCAUUUAGUCAGACUGAAAAGGAUGAAAAAUGAACAAAAUAGUUUUGUGCCGUUUUAUUCGGAUUUAUAAGUAUGUGCUGCCUUUGCUCUUCGCUCCACAACACUUCUGCUUUUGUUGCGCUGAUGCUGAAUAUUUAAUGAAAGAUGAAGUGUCAUAGAAUAUUUAGUUUAUAGUUUGCCUCACUGACACUUCAAACGGGGACAUGCUCUGCAGUUUGUUCUCAUUUAUGCAUUUUAGCCAGAAUAAAGCAUUUUGCAUUA